AACAGGCAUAACAGAUGAGGAGAGCUUCAAACAUCAUAUGUAUCGCGGAUCGCACUCUUCAUCUUCAAUUUUCAUAAAGAAAGAUUCAUUUGAAGAACUAUGGAGAAUCCUUUCACGACCCCUGGUGUCCAGUUUAAUCAAACAGAGAACUUGAAUCAUUUUGUGUUUGGAUGGUUCGAUUAUGUAUUCUUCAAUCUAUUGCUGCUCGUCAGCAUCCUCAUUGGCGUCUAUUUUGGCUUCUUCAGCAAGCAAGAUAGCACGACGGAAUAUCUUCUGGGCGGUAAACGCAUGGGAUUCUUCCCUGUCGCGAUGAGCAUCAUCGCUAGCCACAUUUCCGGAAUUACCUUGCUGGGCAUACCUGCGGAAGUCUUUCAUCAUGGGACUCAGUACGCCGCAUGUAUAAUCACGGCAACUCUCACUGCCGUGAUCACUUCGUACAUUUUCCUGCCAGUGUUUUUCAAACUGCAGUUAACCAGUACCUUCGAGUACCUCGAAGUUAGGUUUGCCAGGCCGGUCAGAAUCCUCUCUUCGGUGCUGUUCACUAUUUCACUCUUCAUGUACUUGCCCAUUGUCAUCUACGUACCCGCCAUCGCCUUCGCACAAGUCACGAAACUCAGCGUUCACAUGAUAACGCCGGUAGUUUGCAUCGUGUGCAUCAUUUAUACCAGCAUUGGUGGUUUGAAAGCAGUAGUAUGGACGGACACUAUACAGUUUUCCGUGACUGUCGGAGGUCUUGUGACGAUUCUCGUGCUGGGAGUACUGUCUGUCGGUAGCAUUGAAGAAGUGUGGAGAAUUUCCGGCGAAGGCGGUCGUCUUAUUUUCUUCAAUAUGGAUCCCAGCCUAUUAUCGAGGAACACUUUCUGGGGCACGACUGUGGGUAUGACAGCAACGUGGCUCGGGCAUCUCGCUAUUCAUCCAGGUGCGGUGCAACGGUUUCUAUCUGUGCCCAGAGAAAUCGACGCCAAACAUGGCAUCGUGAUUACUGCCAUAGGAAUGAUCAUAGUCAAACUGAUUAGCGUGUUCACUGGAUUAAUUAUGUUUGCCAAAUAUCACGACUGCGAUCCUUUUCUGACCAAGGCAAUAAGCCGCACUGAUCAAACUUUACCGUAUUACGUUAUGGACGUCGCUGGACACUUACCAGGACUUCCAGGAUUAUUUCUAGCUGGUCUGGUCAGCGCUGCGCUUGCAACUAUGAGCGCCGGUUUGAACACCGUCUCCGGUACCAUUUAUGAAGAUUUUAUAAGUCCGUGGGUUCCGGAGAGAUCUAGGAAGGAAGCUACGGCUGCUAAUAUUAUGAAGGCCAUCGUUUUGAUAACUGGCGCAAUUUCGGUUGGCCUGGUAUUCUUGGUCGAGAGAUUGGGCCCGGUCUUUCAGCUAGCUUUGAGUAUGCGUGGCGUGACUGAUGGACCUUUACUGGGUCUCUUCGUACUAGGAAUGUUGGUACCUUGGGCAAACACGAAAGGCGUGCUAUUCGGUAGUGGUGUCGGUUUAAUUAGCAUGUUUUGGUUAGUGGGAGGUGCUCAUUGGUAUACCAUGCACGGCAAGAUGAAGUUUGAUUCGCUGCCCACGUCGAUAGACGGUUGUCCAUAUCCUUUGAAUGAGACUCUUACGACCGCGACACCCACACCUGUUUGGAUAGAAGCUGCUGAAGAACCAAUGGCGCUGUUUCAAAUAUCUUUUAUGCAUUAUACCUUGAUAGGAUCGACGAUUGUCGUUAUCGCCGGAAUUAUUGGGAGCUACAUAUUCGGCGUGGAUCUAGAGAGCGUGGAUCCUGAUCAUAUUACGCCGAUCAUGAAGAGAUUUCUCCCUCCACGAAAAUACGCAGAGGUCUCAUUGAGAGACGUGCCACCGUUUGUUGCAUCGGAAAAAACUAAGUGAUCGCGUUCGCGAUCGCUAUAGUCGGUGACAAGUUGGGGAAAAUCAAAUCUAAUUGAUAUCGUCGAGGACUGCA